AUGGCGGACCUACUCUACCGUUUCAAGCGGUACAACCCCGGGAAAAAGCUCAACCUCAACUUCAUUGCCUAUCCUCCCCCUCUUCCUGAAGGUGUAACCGAAGAAAUGGUCGAGGAGUACGAGGGAGAGGACAUCACAAAGGAGGCCCCAGCCGAUCCCGAAGGGGGUACUGCCGAAGCCGAUGGGGUUGCCGCCGAAGCCGAUGAGCCGCCGCCUGAAAGAAGGCUUCGUACGCUCUGCAAUGAUACUCAAAGGGCUCUCAAAAAAGGGUCACUAGCCGUUGGCCAAUAA